CAAACUUGAGUUUAGUCGGCAGGGUUCAUUUCGGGGUAGAUCAGGUGCUGAAUCCGUGCUGGUGUCUCUGGAGAGACGUUUAUUGAGAAGCAGUGGUGGAGCUCCGGAUCUCUCCUGAUGGAUUUACACGCUGUGAGCUGCUUUCUGAUUCUCCUGACAUGCACAGGAGUGUGUUUUGGCCAAGAGCUGAUAUUACCUGAGAGAAUAAAUGGAACAGUUGGAGGAGAUGUGCUGUUUACGCCACUCAAAAUUCCUGAUCCCCCACCUACUAUCAGCAGUUGGAGGUUUAAUGGGGCCCUGAUUAUUUCUGCACAGCCUAGUGGAACUACAAUAACAGAUUCAUACCAAGGCAGAGUCAGUUUCAACACCUUCACUUUAGCUCUGGCACUCAGAAGCCUGACUGAAAGUGAUACUGGACAAUACACUCUGACUGUACAGACUGAUAAAGGGAAUAUCACUGCUCAAACAUCACUGCAGGUGUUGGUGCCAGUAUCCAACAUUAUCAUAAUACCAAGUAACACAGAGCUGGUUGAGUUCAACAGCACUGUAAGUCUCGUCUGCUCUGCGUCUGGCUCCUCUCCUUCGUUUAUUUGGCUGAAUGGCAGCUCUGAGGUCACAGCAGGGGAGCGAGUUCAGCUAACAAACAGCAACAGCAAUCUGAUCAUUACCAGUGUGAUGAGAGGUGAUACAGGACCAUACCAAUGUGAAGCAUCCAACAGUUUCAGCAAUGCAAAGAGUCCUCCAUUGAGCCUCACCAUUUACUAUGGUCCAGAAAAUGUCAGAGUUAUAUCAGCUCCAGUGGGACCUUCCUACAGCUCUGGGUCAAACCUCAUAUUGACCUGUUCAGCUGAUUCCAGUCCUGCUGCUGAGUUUCAGUGGGCUGUGAAUGGAACAGAGCUUGGUGAAAUGGGCCAAGAGCUCAAAUUGAGCAACAUUCAGAGCAGUCAUAGCGGUAAUUACAUCUGCAUGGCUCAUAACAAACAGAGCCUUAGAUACUCCACAUCUGAACCCAUCAUCAUCACUGUACUAGGAAUGUCUUUUGGCCAAGAGGUGAUAUUACCUCAGAGAAUAAGUGGAACAGUUGGAGGAAAUGUGCUGUUUACGCCACUCAAAAUUCCUGAUCUCCCACAUACUAUCACCAGUUGGAGGUUCAAUGGGGCCCUGAUUAUUACUGUACAGCCUAGUGGAACAACAAUACAAGAUUCAUACCAAGGCAGAGUCAGUUUCAACACCUUCACUUUAGCUCUGGCACUCAGAAGCCUGACUGAGAGAGAUACUGGACAAUACACUCUGACUGUACAGAAUGAUAAAGGGACUUUCACUGCUCAAACAUCACUGCAGGUGUUGGUUCCAGCCUCCAGCAUUGCCAUAAUUUUAAAUAACACAGAGUUAGUCGAGUUUAACAGCACUGUAAGUCUCGUCUGCUCUGAGUCUGGCUCGUCUCUCUUCUCAUUUAUUUGGCUGAAUCGCAGCUUUGCGGUAACAGCAGGGGGGCGAGUUCAGCUAACAAACAGCAACAGAAGUCUUAUCAUUACCAGUGUGAUCAGAAGUGACACAGGUCCAUAUCAAUGUGAAUCAUCCAACAGUUUCAGCAAUGCAACGAGUCCUUUAUUGAACCUCACCAUUUACUAUGGUCCAGAAAAUGUCAGAGUUAUAUCAGCUCCAGUGGGACCUUCCUACAGCUCUGGGUCAAACCUCAUAUUGACCUGUUCAGCUGAUUCCAGUCCUGCUGCUGAGUUUCAGUGGGCUGUGAAUGGAGCAGAGCUUGGUGAAAUUGGCCAAGAGCUCAAACUGAGCAACAUUCAGUGCAGUCAUAGCAGCAAUUACACCUUCAUGGCCAAUAACAAAGAGAGCCUAUACUCCCCAUCUGAACCCAUCAGCAUCACUGUACUAGUUAUUGUGCAACAAGCAGUAUGA